UAUUCAGCGGCGACUCCGGCCUUUAUAAACUUUGUGUAGGUUCAUCGAAGGAGGAUAUUUUUCUCCUUCUUCGUCUGCAUCAAAGAACAAUUUACAUAGGAAGUGACAAUGCUGCCUCUAGCGGUGUUUGUGGUGUGUUUAAGUGCUGUCCUCUCAGCUCCCACUCUGGACGCACAGCUUAAUGACCACUGGGAACUGUGGAAGGACUGGCACAGCAAAGCAUACCACCAGAAAGAAGAAGGCUGGAGGAGAAUGAUCUGGGAAAAGAACCUGAAGAAGAUUGAGCUGCACAACCUGGAGCAUUCCUUGGGCAAACACUCCUACAGCCUGGGCAUGAACCACUUUGGAGACAUGACCAACGAGGAGUUCAGGCAGAUCAUGAAUGGCUACAAGCAAAAAGCACAGACGAAGGUCAAAGGUUCUCUGUUCCUGGAGCCCAACUUCUUGGCCUCCCCGAGUGCUGUGGACUGGAGGGAGAAGGGCUACGUCACCCCUGUUAAGGACCAGGGUCAGUGUGGCUCUUGCUGGGCCUUCAGCACCACCGGAGCUCUGGAGGGUCAGAAUUUCAGGAAGACCGGCAAACUGGUGUCAAUGAGUGAACAGAACCUGGUGGACUGUUCCAGGCCGGAGGGCAACGAGGGCUGCGGUGGAGGUCUGAUGGACCAGGCCUUCCAGUACGUCAAGGACAACCAGGGCCUGGACUCUGAGGACUCCUACCCAUACCUGGGAACAGACGACCAGCCGUGUCACUACGACCCCAAGUACAACUCCGUCAACGACACCGGCUUCGUCGACAUUCCCAGCGGCAAGGAGCACGCGCUGAUGAAGGCCAUUGCAAGUGUGGGACCAGUGUCUGUCGCUAUCGAUGCUGGACACGAGUCCUUCCAGUUCUACCAGUCAGGAAUCUACUACGAGAAGGAGUGCAGCUCUGAGGAGCUGGACCACGGCGUGCUGGCGGUCGGUUACGGUUUCGAGGGCGAAGACGUCGACGGCAAAAAAUACUGGAUUGUCAAAAACAGCUGGAGUGAGAAGUGGGGAGACAAAGGCUACAUCUACAUGGCCAAAGACAGAAAGAACCACUGUGGAAUUGCAACGGCAGCCAGUUACCCUCUGGUGUAAUGUGUGCGCCGCUCCAAUAUGUAGCAUGAUAGUGUUUUUACUGCAAUAGUUUGGCUGGAGACAGACUGAGACUUCAGUCCGAACGACAUGUCGACGCGAGAGUCGCCGAAGGUUUCAUGAGGAGGAAAAAACUGUUUUUAGGGAAAUGGCCUCGUUUUAUUUUAGCUGGUUUAAUGCCACUUUAUUUUGUCUGAAAAUAUUUUAGUGUACUGUUUUAUUCAUUGUAUAUAUGCGUAAGUGAUACAUGUAACACUUGCUUCUGUCAUUGUAAAUGUUUUCUUUUAUUUUCUACUGUGAUCAAUUAAAGUUGUGAAACACUAA